AUGAAUACAAAUCAAGUCAGGAAAACAAGACGUGCUCGUAGUCGUGAUCGUAGUCCUACAAUUUUGGCAGAACUUCUUCGUAAAUCUCAACUUGUAAAUGACAAUAAGAAAGAUGAAAGAAUUAUAAAGGAGUUACCAGCUGCUGAAAUAUCAAGUGCUGCUAAAAAGGUUGCUGCUAGAGCUAAUGAUCCAGAAAUAACUGCAGAAGAACUUGAAAAGAUGGCUGCUGAUGUUGGAGAUGGUAGACUAUUAAAGAUGGAUAAGGACUAUACCCAAGAAGUUGAAAGUCUUAUUUCAACAUGUGAAAGACAGUUGGCUUCCGGUGUUGAUCUUGUUACUGUUCUUGAAAAUACAAGUAGACUAGAAAAAUUAACAAGAUUAGGAAUGGAUAUGAAAAGUAAUAAAAAUAUUUUGAUGUAUAUUGCUAAAACUUGUAUUAAUAGAAAAGAAUGGGCUAUAUUGGCAGAUCAAGUAACUGUACUUUCUAAAAAAAGAAGUAUUAUUAAGUUUGCUGUUUCCAAAAUGAUUAGUGCCUGUUGUGAACAAAUUGACAAUAUUGAGAAUGAAAAAGAACGUGAUCAAUUUAUUGAAAGUCUUCGCAAUGUAACAGCUGGAAAAAUUUAUGUUGAAAUUGAACGUGCUCGUUUGUCACGUCGUGUUGCCAUGAAAUUAGAACGUGAAGGAAAAAUAAAUGAAGCAUGGGACAUUAUGAUGGAACUUCAAGUAGAAACAUUUGGUUCUAUGCCAAUGGAUGAAAAAGUUAACUACCUUCUUGAACAAAUGAGAUUGUCAAUUGUUCGUGGAGAAUGGAUUCGUGCUCUUGUCAUUUCCCGUAAAAUAAAUAGAAGGUAUUUUGAUAAAGAUCCUACAGAAAUUGUCCAAAGUCUUAAACUUAUUUUUUACAAUUACAUGAUUCAAAUAUCAUUACACGAUGAAGAGUAUCUCGAAGUUUGUAGACAUUAUCUUGCCAUUUUUGAUACGGCAAUUGUACAGUCUGACCCAGUUGAAUAUGAACAUGCACUAAAAUGUGCUGCACUUUAUGUUCUUCUUUCUCAACAUAAUAAUGAACAAUGGGAUCUUCUUCAUAGAAUAUCUGAAUACAAAAAAUUUAAAGAUGUUCCAGUUUUUGUUGAGUUAGUAAAAUUAUUUACAAAAGAAGAAAUAAUUGACUACAACAAUACAAUUCUUCCACACUUCAAGGAAGUUUUAGUCAACGGAACUCCUGAAUGUGUCUCAACAAAUGUAUUCCAAAAAAUUAAUGGAGAAGAAAAGAGAUGGAAUGAAUUUAAAACUCGUGUUGGUGAGCAUAAUCUUCGAAUGGUAUCAAAAUACUAUUCAAAAAUAACAUUUGACAGAUUGGCUGUUCUCAUGGAUUGUAGUGUAGAGGAAAUGGAAACAUUCCUUUGUAAUUUAAUUGUAAAUGGCAUCAUUCCUCAUGCUAAGAUUGAUCGUCCCAGAAGGAUUAUCAAUCUUGAAGAACCAAAAAAUCAUUUAAAUGUACUAGAUGCAUGGGCAAGUGAUGUUAGCAAAUUAACUGGGCUAUUGAAUAAUAUUUCACAUCUCAUUUUAAAAGAAGAGAUGAUUCACAAGUUAUAA